AUGAGAUGGCGACGCUCCCCGCGCCGCUCCGGGAGCGCCGGCCCCCGGGCCCCGCGCCCCGGCCCCGCCGCCCGCCCGCCGCCGCCGCCGCCGCUGCUGCCGCUGCUGCUGCUGUGGACCGCGGCCCUGGGGCCGGGGGCGGCCGCCGGCGACGAGGCGGCUCCCGCGGGGGCCUCCGUGUGCUACUCGUCCCCGCCCAGCGUGGGCUCGGUGCAGGAGCUGGCUCAGCGCGCCGCGGUGGUGAUCGAGGGAAAGGUGCACCCGCCGCGGCGGCAGCAGGGGGCACUCGACAGGAAGGCGGCGGCGGCGGCGGCGGCGGCGGGCGAGGCAGGGGCGUGGGGAGGCGAGCGCGAGCCGCCGGCCGCCGGCCCGGGAGCGCUGGGGCCGCCCGCCGCGGACCCGCUGCCCACCGCCGACGGGGCCGUGCCCGCCCGGCCCGGCGCCGCGGCGCCCCGCGCGGGCGAGCCCGGAGACGAGGAGGCGCCCUAUCUAGUGAAGGUGCACCAGGUGUGGGCGGUGAAAGCCGGAGGCUUGAAGAAGGACUCGCUGCUCACCGUGCGCCUGGGGGCCUGGGGCCACCCCGCUUUCCCCUCGUGCGGGAGGCUCAAGGAGGACAGCAGGUACAUCUUCUUCAUGGAGCCCGAUGCCAACAGCAGCAGCCGCGCGCCGGCCGCCUUCCGAGCCUCGUUCCCCCCUCUCGAGACGGGCCGGAACCUCAAGAAGGAGGUCAGCCGGGUGCUGUGCAAGCGGUGCGGUAAGUUCCUCGCCCCUCGGGGCGCGCUCCGGCCGGGCGGGGAGGUCGCGGGCGCGGCGGCUGCCCGGCGCGCGCGGGCUCCGGAGUGGAGUUUCGGGGGUUGCGGACUCUCCAGUGAUUCUCAGAGAAGGUUGCGCGGAUUGGAUUCCACAGGCAGCGCCUUCUCCCGUUACCUGUUUCCUAGGCUUUUCCAUUGGUGA